AGCAGCACAAUAACAGUAGAGAGCAAACAUGGCGGCGCCCAUGACCACCCGCUCCUCUGAUAUUCUGUAUUUGUUCAGUAAAUAAAAUUCAUACACGUGGUCAGUCUUUCUCAAACGGAGUGUUAGACACAGAAAAGUAAGGGUCAUCAUGUCCAGGUUGGCAGUAGUGUGUGGGGGCUCCAGAGGCAUUGGGAAAGCUGUGUCUCACCUGCUGGCAGAAAGAGGCUGCAGGAUAGCCGUCGUCUCCAGGAGCGAAGGCAUUGCCCAGGCAACUGUGGCAUCGCUGCAUGGAGAUGAUCACAUGGCUUUCAGCUGUGACAUCUCUAAGGAGCAGGAGGUGCAGAAAACCUUCGAAACAAUCCAGAAGACCUGUGGAAACAUCUCCUAUCUUGUGAAUGCAGCCGGCAUCAACAGGGAUGGUCUGCUAGUGAGGACCAAACCGGAGGACAUGGUGUCUCUGCUUCACACCAACCUGCUGGGCUCCAUGCUGACAUGCAGGGCAGCACUGCGCAGCAUGUUGCACAGCCAAGGAGCAGCUAUCAUCAAUAUAGGCUCUGUUGUGGGCCUAAAAGGAAACUCUGGUCAGUGUGUCUACAGCGCCAGUAAAGCUGGUUUAGAGGGCUUCACUCGCUCCUUGGCUAAAGAAGUUGCUUCACGUAAUAUCCGGGUUAACCUGGUGGCUCCAGGAUUUAUCCACACUGACAUGACUGCAGAGAUGAGCGAGGAGGCUGUGAAGCGCUCCAUCCCUCUGGGGAGAUUUGGAGAGCCGGAGGAGGUAGCACGGGCCGUCCUCUUCCUCUUGGAGUCCUCGUACGUUACGGGAGAGGUGCUGGUGGUGGACGGAGGGCUGCAGUUGGCCAUGUAGGGAGUAACAGCUUCAUCUGGAGCUGUUACACUGUUGUGUGUCUUAUAUUAGGCAUUAAUUGUUACUCUUGAUUGAGAAAUGUAUGAUUGAUAACAAAAAGAAAAACGUUUGCACUUAAAGCCUUACAGCUGAAGUUAAGCAGAGUUGCCUGCCCACAUUAAAGUGAUACCUGAUUAGCUGCUAGAUUAUGAGCUUGUGUAUUUUUUUUACUUGUGUCAGCUGUGUUGAAACCUUCAGAUUAAACCAAACAUACUGCA